CGUACACACCCAAUGUCUGACACCGUAUACACCGACCAGAAGUUGGUUACCACUGAAUAUGAAGUAAGUAUUAAACUGUGCGCCAUCGAUCCUCAUGCUGGGGGAUGAGAUGGGCAAGUCACGAUGCAAUUACUAACAAGGUAGUUAAUUGACAAAGAUCCUCACAUUGGCCGUGUCCUCAAGUUUAUGAGAGCUACUGACUACUUGGAGUGGGGUGCCAUGACCGUCUUGGCUCCAGUUCUUUACAACGUUGCGGCUCUCCAGCACGAUGGCAGAAAGAAGUUCUCCAUGCCUGCCGGUAGACCAUUGAGAGCUUCGCUCUUUGUUGGGUUUAUCUCCGGUUUCUUCAGCGCCUAUGCGCACACCGCAAUGAGAUUAAGCGGUGUCAGAGAAAACGCCAGAGAGGUUAAGAUGGACAGAUACGAGAUCAAAAAGGCUUUAAGCGAAUACAGAUUGCCAUACGGCGAACCAACCAUGGCUCCGCACUCCCAGAAAACCGCCACCAGAGCGUCCUCUUACUCUUGGAAGAUGAUUGAUGUGUACCCAUCAUUCAACUGGUUCAACCACCCAUACCAUACCGACGACUUCUCCAAGUAUUAUGACGUCAGAAAGGGCGAAGAAGACUGGGGCUUUGACAGUCUCCCAACCAUCUCCGAGAUCAAGAGAAAGAUUGCGGCCGGGAAGGAGCACCCCCAAGAUUUCAUUGACAAGACCAAGGAGUACUUGUGGAAGUACUGAGCUCCCCCACCCUAUGAUGUAGAUGAAGAAGACCUAUGUUCUGCGGGUGCCUAGGAGUUGGACCCCAAACAUCCUACCCUAUUUAUUUUCUUACGCCAUGCUCUUCUUGGUUUACGUGUAUAUUUGCAUUUUAUAUUAUUUAUUAACGUCAACUUUUCGAAAAUAAAUCAAGGGAUCGGUUUUGUCAACCGGCGGAGGUUGAUAGAGCCGAACUUUAUAUCCAACAGCCUAGUUACGCGGCUUUUUUUUUUUGGUUGAGCUGUUACUAUUUUCUACAGGGGUUUGAGAUUUGAAAGCGAUCUGUCACAACACAAGUGCUACAACCCCUGCACUUUUUACCUGGGCUGAUAUUCGCCCCUUUAUAUUAUAUAACUUAUAAUAAGGCAG